ACCUUGGGGGCAGAAGUAACUUAUCACUGAAGUGACUAAAGGGGAAUAAUGGUGAUUUUGCGCCGGGCACGGCCGCCUGCUUCCGCCCCGACCAGCAAUGAAUCUUGACUCGCUCUCGCUGGCUUUGUCUCAAAUCAGCUACUUGGUGGACAAUUUAACUAAGAAAAACUACAGAGCCAGCCAGCAGGAUAUACAACAUAUUGUGAAUCGUCACGGCCCUGAGGCAGACAGGCAUUUGUUACGCUGUCUUUUCUCCCAUGUGGAUUUCAGUGGCGAUGGUAAAAGCAGUGGCAAAGAUUUCCAUCAGACACAGUUUCUGAUCCAGGAGUGUGUUUCGCUGAUUUCAAAGCCAAAUUUUAUUUCAACACUCUGCUACACAAUCGACAAUCCCUUGCACUACCAGAAGAGUUUGAAGCCUUCCACCCACUUGUUUACUCAGUUGAGUAAAGUUCUCAAGCUAAGCAAGGUUCAAGAAGUUAUAUUUGGCCUUGCUUUGCUGAAUUCGUGCAACGCAGACCUUCGUGGUUUUGCCGCGCAGUUCGUCAAACAAAGGCUCCCGGACCUCCUCCGCUCGUACGUGGACGCGGACCUUGGAGGAAACCAGGAAGGUGGCUUCCAAGAUAUUGCCAUAGAGGUCCUGCACCUGCUCCUCUCUCAUCUUCUUUUUGGACAGAAGGGAGCCAGCGGGGUCGGACAAGAGCAGAUUGACGCGUUCCUCAGGACCCUGUGCAGAGAUUUCCCGCAGGAGCGCUGCCCUGUGGUGCUCUCACCACUGCUAUACCCUGAAAAACGGGACAUUCUGAUGGACAGGAUUCUGCCAGACUCGGGAGAGUUAGCCAAGACCAUGAUGGAGAGUUCUCUCGCAGAGUUCAUGCAGGAAGUUGGCUAUGGCUUUUGUGCAAGUCUCGAUGAAUGCCGCAACAUAAUCCUACAGUAUGGGGUGCGAGAGGUUACUGCCAGCCAGGUGGCCAGGGUCCUGGGGAUGAUGGCUCGCACCCACUCUGGCUUGUCUGAUGGAAUCCCCCUACAGUCCAUCUCGGCUCCGGGCAGUGGCAUUUGGAGCGAUGGAAAGGACAAAGGUGAUGGCUCUCAGGCGCACACCUGGAAUGUAGAAGUUCUAAUUGAUGUGGUCAAAGAAGUUAACCCCAAUCUGAACUUUAAAGAGGUGACCUAUGAGCUUGACCACCCUGGCUUCAUAAUCCGGGACAGCAAGGGACUGCAGAUGGUGGUGUAUGGGAUCCAGAGGGGCCUGGGCAUGGAGGUGUUCCCUGUCGACCUAAUCUACCGUCCCUGGAAGCAUGCUGAAGGACAGCUGUCAUUCAUCCAGCACUCCCUCAUGAGCCCAGAUGUGUUCUGCUUUGCUGACUACCCCUGCCACACCGUAGCAAUUGACAUACUGAAGGCCCCACCUGAGGAUGAUAACCGAGAGAUAGCCACCUGGAAGAGCCUAGACCUGGUGGAAAGCCUCCUGCGCCUCUCUGAGGUGGGCCAGUACGAGCAGGUAAAGCAGCUCUUCAGCUUCCCCAUCAAGCACUGUCCUGACAUGCUGGUGCUGGCGCUGCUGCAGAUAAGCACCUCCUGGCACACCCUGCGCCACGAGCUCAUCUCCACCCUCAUGCCAAUCUUCCUGGGCAACCACCCCAACUCUGCUAUCAUUUUACACUACGCCUGGCAUGGACAGGGCCAGUCCCCCUCUAUCCGUCAGCUGAUCAUGCACUCAAUGGCUGAGUGGUACAUGAGAGGGGAGCAGUACGACCAGGCCAAGCUCUCCCGCAUCCUGGAUGUGGCCCAGGACUUGAAGUCUCUAUCUAUGCUGCUUAAUGGUACUCCAUUUGCCUUCGUUAUCGACCUUGCUGCACUUGCCUCUCGCCGUGAAUACCUCAAACUUGACAAAUGGCUGACUGACAAAAUCCGAGAGCAUGGGGUGAGUGGUGAGCCCUUCAUCCAGGCGUGUGUUACGUUCCUGAAGAGACGUUGUCCCUCUAUCAUUGGUGGUCUGGCCCUAGAAAAAGACCAGCCCAAAAGCGCCCUCCUUCCCCCGGAAACGAUGGCUACCAUGCUGGGUUGUCUGCAGUCCUGUGCAGGGAGCGUCACUCAAGAGCUCUCCGAGACUAUCUUGACCAUGGCUGCCAACUGUAGCAACGUCAUGAACAAAGCCCGCCAGCCACCACCAGGGGUCAUGCCAAAGGGACGUGCUCCCAGCACCAGCAGCCUAGAUGCAAUUUCCCCUGUGCAAGUGUCGGUGUCUCCUCUCCAGAUGGAUCCCCUGACAGCCAUGGGCUCCCUCAACCUGGGCAGCUCUGCCACCUCUCACACACAGAGUAUGCAGGGCUUUCCCACCCCGCUGGGCUCUGCUUUCAGCAACCCCCAGUCCCCAGCUAAGGCCUUCCCUCCACUGUCUAACCCCAGCACACCAUUUGGGGGGAUUGGAAGUCUCUCUUCACAGCUAGGUAACCCAGGUCCGCUGGGAUCAGGCAUUUGCUCUGGUAUUGGUUCUGGUCUUGGAAUGCCAGCGGUGAGCAGUGAUCCGUUUGGGACAAGGAAGAUGAGCACACCAGGCCUGAAUCCGCCCACCUUUCAGCAGAGUAAGAUGGCCUCUGACCUAUCUCAGGUGUGGCCAGAGGCUAACCAGCACUUUAGUAAGGAGAUUGAUGAUGAGGCUAACAGCUACUUCCAGCGCAUCUACAACCACCCCCCACACCCCACCAUGUCUGUGGAUGAGGUGCUGGAGAUGCUGCAAAGGUUCAAGGACUCCACCAUCAAGCGAGAGCGUGAGGUCUUUAACUGUAUGUUGAGGAACUUGUUUGAGGAGUACCGCUUCUUCCCCCAGUACCCUGACAAGGAGCUACACAUCACCGCCUGCCUGUUCGGGGGGAUCAUUGAGAAAGGCCUUGUCACCUACAUGGCCCUCGGACUGGCCCUUCGAUAUGUACUCGAAGCCUUGAGGAAGCCAUUUGGGUCCAAAAUGUAUUACUUUGGAAUCGCUGCUCUAGAUAGAUUCAAAAAUAGACUGAAGGACUAUCCCCAAUAUUGUCAGCACUUGGCCUCAAUCGGCCACUUCCUGCAAUUCCCCCAUCAUUUACAAGAGUGCGUGCAGUAUAUUGAGUAUGGCCAACAGUCACGGGACCCUCCGGUGAAGAUGCAGGGAUCCAUCACCACCCCAGGAAGCCUGGCGCUGGCGCAAGUUCAGGCCUUGUCUCAGCCUCCCAAAGCCCCCCAGCCUGGACAGCCCAGCACCCUGGUCACCACAGCUACCACCACCACCACUGUCGCCAAAAACACUACCAUCACCCGGCCUACCCCUGGCUUCAAGAAGGAUGUGCCGCCUUCCAUCAACACCACAAACAUCGACACACUUCUAGUAGCAACAGACCAAACCGAGAGGAUUGUGGAACCCCCAGAAAAUGUUCAAGAGAAAAUUGCUUUCAUCUUCAAUAACCUGUCACAAUCCAACAUGACACAGAAGGUUGAGGAGUUAAAGGAGACUGUCAAAGAGGAGUUCAUGCCCUGGGUCUCUCAGUAUCUGGUCAUGAAGAGGGUCAGCAUUGAGCCCAACUUCCACAGCCUGUACUCCAACUUCUUGGACACCCUGAAGAACCCAGAGUUUGUCAAAAUGGCCCUGAAUGAAACUUACAGAAACAUCAAGGUUCUCCUUACCUCUGAUAAGGCAGCUGCAAACUUCUCUGAUCGAUCCCUACUGAAGAAUUUGGGUCACUGGCUUGGUAUGAUCACUCUGGCUAAAAACAAGCCCAUCCUGUACACAGAUUUGGAGGUGAAAUCCCUGUUGUUGGAAGCGUAUGUCAAGGGGCAGCAGGAGCUACUCUAUGUGGUCCCGUUUGUGGCCAAAGUCCUGGAAUCCAGUUUACGUAGCGUGAUUUUUCGACCCCAGAAUCCCUGGACGAUGGCCAUCAUGAAUGUUCUGGCAGAGCUGCAUACAGAGCAUGGCCUCAAGCUGAACUUGAAGUUUGAGAUUGAGGUGCUGUGUAAGAACUUAUCAUUGGACAUCAAUGACCUGAAGCCUGGCACCCUUCUGAAGGACAAAGACAAGUUGAAGAGCCUGGAGGAACAGCUCUCUGCACCAAAGAAAGAGGCCAAGCCCCCUGAAGAAAUGCUCCCUGUUGUUAGCACAGGUAUCCAGCACUUUCAAAUUGGGAUGCCCCUUGUCGGAGACUUUCUUCCAUUUGCAGCUGCGCCAUCCACUCCUGCCGCAACCACCACUUGCUCAGCUACUGGUCCCCCUACCCCACAGUUUAGCUAUCAUGACAUCAAUGUGUACGCCCUUGCAGGGCUAGCCCCUCACAUCAAUAUCAACAUCAAUAUCCCCUUGCUCCAAGCCCACCCUCAGCUUAAGCAGUGUGUGAGACAGUCCAUUGAGCGGGCCGUGCAGGAGCUCGUCCACCCUGUGGUGGACCGUUCCAUCAAGAUCGCCAUGACUACCUGCGAGCAGAUUGUCAGGAAGGACUUUGCCCUGGACUCCGAGGAGUCGCGCAUGCGUGUGGCUGCCCAUCACAUGAUGCGUAACCUGACCGCCGGCAUGGCCAUGAUCACCUGCCGGGAGCCCCUGCUCAUGAGUAUCGCUACCAACCUGAAGAACAGCUUUGCCGCAGCCCUCAGAGCCCCCACCCCCCAGCAGAGAGAGAUGAUGGAGGAGGCUGCUGCUAGGGUUGCCCAGGACAACUGUGAGCUGGCCUGCUGCUUCAUUCAGAAGACUGCAGUGGAGAAGGCUGGCCCAGAGAUGGACAAGAGACUGGCCACGGAGUUUGAGCUGAGGAAGCACGCCCGUCAGGAGGGUCGUCGCUACUGCGACCCUGUGGUGCUGACCUACCAGGCAGAGCGCAUGCCAGAGCAGAUCAGACUCAAGGUUGGAGGAGUAGACCCCAAACAGCUGGCGGUGUACGAGGAGUUUGCCAGGAAUGUUCCAGGCUUCCUACCCAGCAACGACCUGUCUCAGCCCACUGGAUUCCUUGCCCAGCCCAUGAAGCAACAGGCAUGGGCCACAGACGAUGUGGCUCAGAUUUAUGACAAGUGCAUGGCGGACCUGGAGCAGCACCUCCAUGCCAUCCCCCCAGCGCUGGCCAUGAACCCCCAGACUCAAGCCCUGCGCAGUCUGCUGGAGGCAGUGGCCCUGGCCAGGAACUCCCGGGAUGGCAUUGCUGCUCUGGGCCUGCUGCAGAAGGCUGUGGAGGGUCUGCUCGAUGCCACCAGUGGUGCCGAUGCUGACCUGCUCCUGCGGUACAGAGAGUGUCACCUGCUGGUGCUCAAAGCCCUCCAGGACGGACGGGCAUACGGACCACAAUGGUGCAACAAACAGAUUACCAGGUGCCUGAUUGAGUGCCGUGAUGAGUACAAGUACAAUGUGGAGGCUGUGGAGCUGUUGAUCAGAAACCACCUGGUCAACAUGCAGCAGUACGACCUGCACCUGGCACAGUCUAUGGAGAACGGUCUGCACUACAUGGCAGUGGCAUUUGCCAUGCAGCUGGUAAAGCUGCUGCUGGUGGAUGAGCGCAGUGUGAGCCACAUCACAGAGGCCGACCUGUUCCACACCAUCGAGACUCUGAUGAGAACCAGCGCACACUCUAGGGCCAAUGCACCCGAGGGGCUUCCUCAGCUGAUGGAUGUGGUCCGCUCUAACUACGAGGCCAUGAUCGACCGGGCCCAUGGAGGACCCAACUUUAUGAUGCACUCUGGCAUCUCCCAAGCGUCUGAGUACGACGACCCGCCGGGCCUGAGGGAGAAGGCGGAGUACUUGCUGAGGGAAUGGGUCAACCUGUACCACUCUGCAGCCGCUGGCCGGGACAGCACCAAGGCCUUUUCUGCUUUUGUGGGCCAGGUAGCCAUGGCUGACAGAGGAAGAACUAUGAUUCCAAGCACCACCCUCCUUUUGAAGCUUCCAGUCUGUUAUUUGAACUCAAUCCGCAUGACCGUGAUCUCCAGCCUUGUCCCUGUCAACAGUCACACCAGUGUUAACGAGAGAAUCACUGACAUGUCAGCUGGUCCUUUUGUGGAAGGGCUGAAAUGCAGUGGAAAUGUUUUUAGGGAUUCAGUUCAUUUGCAUGGGGAAGAGGGACUUGGCAAUUAAUUGCAAUUCAUCUGAUCACUCUUCAUAACAUUCUGGAGUAUAUGCAAAUUGCCAUCAUACAAACUGAGGCAGCAGUGAAACUUCUCAACUUUUGGCCAUGACUGUAUGUGAUAUCAACAGCUGUAUAUUUUCUGGGUGAUUUUAAAUAUUGACUGGCUUUCAUCAAGUUGCCCACUCAAGAAAAAGAUUCAAACUGUAACCAGUGCCUGCAACCUGGUUCAGGUUAUCGGUCAACCUACCAGGGUAGUUACCAACAGGAAUGAAAUCAUCAUAUAUUGAUCACAUCUUUACUAAUGCUGCAGAAAUUUGCUUGAAAGCAGUAUCUGGAUGUAGUGAUCACAAUAUAGUAGCCAUAUCUAGGAUAACCAAAGUUCUAAAGGCUGGGUCUAAUAUAGUGUAUGAGGUCAUACAAUACAUUUUGUAGCGAUUCCUAUGUUGAUGUAAAGAGUAUUUGUUGGUCUGUGGUGCCGCUGGACACAUUUAUGAAAUUGCUUAUUCCAAUUACUAAUAAGCAUUCACCCAUUUAAGAAAACGACUAAAAAUGGUUAAAUCCCUGUUGAUUGAGGAAUUGAAAAAUUGUAUGGUUGGGAGGGAUGAGGCAAAAGGAAUGGCAAAUAAGUCUGCCUGCACAACCAAUUGGCAAUGGUAUUGAGAAAUAAUGAUUAAACAAUCAAAUAAACUGUACUUUUCCAAGUAAAACUGACCAAAUUAUGAAAGACAAGCGGUGUAAUUUUGAAUUCUGUGAAGUGAGUGUGGAAGAGGAACAAAUUGUCUAUCAAUAAUGACAGGAUACCGGGGUCAGACAACUUGGAUGGAGAAGUACUGUGGAUAUUAAGACGAUAUUGCCACUCCUAUUUGCCAUAUUUUCAAUUUAAGACUACUAGAAAUUGUGUGCCCUCAGGCCUGUAGGGAAGCGUAAGUCAUUCCGCUACCUAAGAAUAGUAAAGCCCCCUUUACUGGCUCAAAUAGCAGACCAAUCAGCCUAUUACCAACCAUUAGUUAACUUUUGGGAAAAAAUGGUUUGACCAGAUACAUUAUUUUACAGUAAACAAACUUUCAGCUGCUUAUAGGAAAGGACAUUCAACAAGCACAGCUGUUACACAAAUUACUGUUUGGCUGAGAAAUUGAUAAGAUUUUUUAUUUUUAUUUUACCUUAAUUUAACUAGGCUAGUCAGUUAAAGAACAAAUUCUUAUUUUCAAUGACAGCGGGUUAACUCCCUGUUCAGGGGCAGAACGACAGAUUUGUACCUUUUCAGCUCGGGAGUUUGAACUUGCAACCUUCCGGUUACUAGUCCAAUGCUCUAACCACUAGGCUACCCUGCCGCCCUGUUAAAUUUCAGUGUCGCUUUUGACAUUAUCGAUCAUAGUCUGCUUGUGGGGACUUUAUUUGUAUUUUUUAUGGCUUACACCCCUGCUAUAUUGUGGGUAAGGAGUUACCUGUCUAACAGAACACAAGGUGUACUUUAAUAGAUGCCUUUCUAACAUAAUCCAGGUAGAAUCAGGAAUUCCCCAGGGCAGCUGUCUAGGCCUCUUUUUUCCUAAUGAGUAAAGCCAGUGUCUGUAUGCAGAUUUUUUUCUUUAUUAUUUAUCUGUUAUUUUACCAGGUAAGUUGACUGAGAACACGUUCUCAUUUGCAGCAACGACCUGGGGAAUAGUUACAGGGGAGAGGGGGAUGAAUGAGCCAAUUGUAAACUGGGGAUUAUUAGGUGACUGAUGGUUUGAGGGCCAGAUUGGGAAUUUAGCCAGGACACCGGGGUUAACACCCCUACUCUUACGAUAAGUGCCAUGGGAUCUUUAAUGACCUCAGAGUCAGGAGACCCGUUUAACGUCCCAUCCGAAAGACGGCACCCUACACUGGGCAUUGGGAUAUUUUUUUAGACCAGAGGAAAGAGUGCCUCCUACUGGCCCUCCAACACCACUUCUAGCAGCAUCUGGUCUCCCAUCCAAGAACUGACCAGGACCAACCCUGCUUAGCUUCAGAAGCAAGCAAGCAGUGGUAUGCAGGGUGGUAUGCUGCUGGAUGACCUCACCUAUACUCGUCAGCGACUGAAAUGACUGCACCACUUAACAAAAAGCUACAGUUUCAGAAUGGGUGGCAAGGAAUAAGUUAGCCCUAAAUAUUUCUAAAACUAAAAGCAUUGUAUUUGGGACAAAUCAUUCACUUUAACUUCAAAUAAAUAUUGUAAUGAAUGUGGAAAUUGAGAAUGUUGAGGUGACUAAACUGCUUGGAGUAACCCUGGAUUGUAAACUGUCAUGGUCAAAACAUGUUGAUACAACAGUAGCUAAGAUGGGGAGAAGUCUGUCCAUAAUAAAGCGCUCCUCUGCCUUAACAACACUAAACAAGGCAGGUCCUACAGGCCCUAGUUUUGUCGCACCUGGUCUACUGUUCAGUCUUGUGGUCCGGUGCCACAAGGAGGGACUUAGGAAAAUUGCAAUUGGCUCAGAACAGGGCAACACGACUGGCCCUUAAAUGUACACGGAGAGCUAACAUUAAUGAUAUGCUUGUCAAUCUUUCCUGGCUCAGUGGUAGAGAGUGACUUCAUGACUACUUGUUUUUGUAAGACGUGUUGACAAGCUGAAUACACC